AUGUCUGAAGGUCCCGAGACACUCGCAUCAGCAGUGGCUGUGCCCAGCCAGGACAUCAUUCACGAGUCUCCGGAGUUGACAGUAAAGCGACGAAAGUCUUCAAUUUCAGAAUACGACACUAAGCGUCGACGACUCAGCUCUACAGACAAUACUUCCCCACAUUCUCAGCGGCGUCGGCCAUCAUCCCCGCCGCCUACAACAAAUGAGUCUGUAGGAACGAAGUCUACGCGACCGCGCGGAGGUCGAGAUGAGGAUCGCAAGCGGGGCCAGCGGCUAUUCGGGGGGCUGCUUGGUACUCUUUCGCAGAGCUCAAGUUCCGCGGCACAAAAACGGCGCGCUGAUAUUGAGAAGAAGCAGCAAGAGAAGUUGAAAUCGCUAGAUGCCGAGUACGGUGAAUUGAAGAAACGGCGAAAGGAACAACGUGAUGAGAUUCGGAGGAGGGAAAUGCCGUUGUAUGAGCGAGAAGUUAUGCAAACACGGCAUUCGAAUAUGCUUGCCAUGGCGCAUUUCCACAAGACACAGGCAGAGCCAGCUCUGUAUUACAAACCAUGGCAACCUAGACCUGGCGACGACUCAGCGAUAAAGCAGCAGAUCGAAGAAGCAGAGGCGACUAUUGCCCGAGAAGUCGCUGAGUUCGAAGCACGAUAUCCACCAGAAGCAUUUGCGCCUGAACAGCCAACCCAGGCUGAAGCGCAGCCAACAGAGCCAACCGGGACUGAAACAAAACAGGCAGAUGAACAACCGCUUCAAGGGUCAGAAGAGCAGGAGCAAACAGAUGGUCGUCAAGACCAGCCGUCUCCAGAGCACGAGGCAGAUCUGACAGAUGUAAAAUCUAAGGAAGCGACUCAGGGUGCUCCGGAUACGGUGGGUUCAGACAAUAAUGACCAGACCUCUGACCUAGCUAAAAAGGAUGACACCGCUGCUAACGUGAAGGAAAGUGCCGUUCAAGAUCAACAUGAUGACGGCGGCGAGGUCGUUGAGGAUAACGAGGACACUGUGAUUUAUUAA